AUGAUGGUCUCUCAGAGAACUCGUAGGACCAGGGAGUUCACCGGGCCAACUCCUCACUCCGUCGCUAUCCGAGCAAGAGCUCCAAAUGUUCGUCCACCAGAGCACCUUAUCCUUGAGAGGAGGAAAAAGGAAGAAAUGCUUCAAGAAUACAAGAAAAACACACAAUACAUGGAAUUUAAUGAUCUAAAGAAUGAAUGGGAAAGAUUUACAGACAAGAAAAUCAAGAUCAACACUGCUAUGCGAAGAGUAGAUGGUCUCAUGUUAGCUAAUCAGUUUAAUAUUGAAGACAGACGGGAAAGGUUAAGAACCAUGUUACAGAACGAGGAAGCUGCAUAUCUACGAGAAAUGGAUGAAAAAGAAGAAACAGUAUUAGAAAGACAAGCCAAAAUGAGAGAACGUGCAAAAUAUUUGAAGGAUAGACGUGAGUCAGAACGGUUGGAAUAUGUACAAGAAAAAUAUGAUCAACAGUUCAGAAACCAGUGCGAGGAACUAAGGUCAACAUUGUCCAAACGCCAGCAGGAUGAAGUUUGUGCUGAGAGACUGGAACAGCUCAAAAUCAAGGAAGAAAUGGAUAGAGAGAAGAUGGAAGAGGAUAAAAUGUAUGCCAGACUAUGGGAGGAAGACAGAUUAAAGAAGGCAGAUAGGGAGGAACGUGAUGCUAAGGCAGCACAUGAGAGGAAUAUUGAAGUCCUCAGUACACUCAGGACACAAAUGGCUGCAUUGGAAGAGAAGAAAGAAACUGCCAUUAGGUUGAAGGAGGAAGAAGCACAGUUACUGAGGGAACAGGCAGCUCUAAGACAACUAGAGGAACAACGAAAUCGCGAGGAAAAACUUCGAUUACAACAGGAAACACGUGACAUGUUAGAUUUGUCUCUGAAACUUAAGAUGAAGAAGAAGGCUAAAGCCGAACAGGAACAGUUGGCCUUUGAUCUCAAGAUUCUUGAGCAACUUCUGGAAGAAUCAAGGAAUGAAGCUAUGGAACAACUACAAAGAAAGCGAGAACUCCGGGAGGAAGAUAAACGUUAUCGUGAAUAUUUACGUAACUUGAUGGAGGAAGAAAAGGUGAAAGAGGUCGAACUGGAGCGUCUCAUCAACCAGGAGGUUGAGAAAAUGUGGCAGAAACGUCUUGACCAAUGGCGACUCGAGAGACAGGCUCGCAAGAAACUAAUGGAAGAUGUUCUUAAUGUUAGAGCUCAACAAAUCCAGGAUAGAUUAUCAGCAAACGAGAGAAAACAGAGAGAAGCUGAGAUUGAGCGACAAGAACUUCUACGAACGAUUGAGGAAAAUAAGAUUCUUGAACAGCAGAAAAUGGAAAAGAAUUGGAAUAAAAAUCGUGCAUACCAACAGGACCUCUCUGGACAAAUUGCGUAUAACAACCAUCUCCGUGACCUUGAGCUUAGACGGGAAGAGGAGGAAUUCCUAUUGGGCAUGCAAGCAGAAAAAGAGUACCAGGCGCGACUCAUGGAUUGUCUUGACAGUCCGGAGUAUGACAAACUCCACCCGAUGCGGAGAGCGAUGGCAGCCCGAAGUGCUCAGCAAAAUAGACAUUGAUAGACCAAAAGUCCAUGUUAGUCAAUUUGACAUAUAUACAAAAAUUAAUGAAAUUUGAACUUUCGAUCCAUUUUAAUGUUGGAAUACUAUUAUGAAUGUGAAAGGCUUUUUAUAUUUGUUAUUGUUUUAGCCUUUUACAAAAAAUAUUUGA